CAGCAAGAAAAGAAUCAUGUAUCUUCUGUGGCCUCUGCUGUUUCUUGUUUCAGCCCAAUGUGAAACACUGUUUGAUGACACACCGAAGCAGCCAACACAGGAGGGCAGCGUGAGACUUGUGGGAGAUCUGGCUUCAUCUGGUCGUGUGGAGAUCUAUCAUGAUGGGCGGUGGGGUACAGUUUGUGAUGACGGAUGGAACCAGGCUGAAGCACAAGUUGUGUGUCGUCAGAUGGGUUUUUCUGGUGCCAUAACAGCUACGUCUGGAGGACGCUUUCCAGCAGGCUGUGGUCCAAUCUGGAUGGAUGAUGUGAAGUGUAAUGGCUUGGAGAGCUCACUAUCUAAAUGCAGCUUCAGGGGUUGGGGUGUUUAUGACUGCACACAUGAAGAGGAUGCAGGAGUCGUCUGCGAGGCUGAUGACAGACCGAAGCAGCCAACACAGGAGGGCAGCGUGAGACUUGUGGGAGGUCUGGCUUCUUCUGGGCGUGUGGAGAUCUAUCAUGAUGGACAGUGGGGUUCAGUUUGUCAUGACGGAUGGAACCUGGCCGGAGCACAUGUGGUGUGUCGUCAGAUGGGUUAUUCUGGAGCCAAAAAAGCCACACCUGGACGACAAUUUCAGGAAGGCUGUGGUCAAAUCUGGAUGGAUAACGUGAAGUGUAAAGGCUCGGAGAGCUCACUAUCUGAGUGCAGCUUCAGGGGUUGGGGUGUUUAUGACUGCACACAUGAAGAGGAUGCAGGAGUCUGCAAGACUGGUACGGCACAGCACAAACGUUUAAGAAAUCAGGAUUAA